AUGCGCAGAAUUCUAAUAACAGGUGGGAGUAGUGGUAUAGGAAAACGAAUUGCUCAACUAUGGAGUCAGCAAGGUCAUCAAUGCCAUUUGGUAAGCAGAAGUGAAGAAAGACUUCAAGAGACAAUUCGCUCAUUGUCCAAUAUUCAAGGUCAGUUUCAUAAAUAUACUGUGGCAGACGUUUGCACGGACAUGAAUAGCAUUUCGAAUCUUGUUGAAAAAGAGACGUUUGACACAGUUGUCCAUGCUGCUGGAGUUACGCAAUCAAGCCUGUUGGUUCGUACUAGUGAAAAUGAAGUGGAUAAUAUCAUAAAUACAAAUUUGUUGGCUCCUAUGAAACUCUCAAAGAUUGCCGUCUCUAUAUGGUUGCGCCAACGAAGUCCAAAAGACAGGCUUAUUCUUUUUCUAUCAUCUAGGCUAGCAAACUACUCCCUUCCCGGAACGAGCGUUUAUGCAGCAUCAAAAGUGGCAUUGGAAACAUUCACUAAAGUACUAGCUACCGAAGUGGCAGCCCGGGGAAUCCGAGUGAACGCUGUUGCACCAGGAUACACGGACACUUCUAUGCUAAAUGAGCAAAUGCGUCAAAUCGCGAAGCAACGUGUCCCGUUAAAGCGUUUAGCUUCUACCGAUGAGGUGGUGGAUGCUUGCACGUUUUUGCUAAAAAACUCUUAUGCAACUGGCACAAUAUUGCCAAUUAAUGGAGGACUUUAA